AUGUCCGAGCCAUCUGGUGCAGGGCGCCAGGUUGACCCUGCGGUGGGUGUAAAGCGGCGUCGAGCGGCGAGAGCAUGUCUUUCGUGCCGGAUGAGAAAGGUCCGCUGCGACGUGUCGAGAAGUGGACCUCCGUGUAUGAACUGCUCCCUGGAUAGUAUCGACUGCGUCGUGAAGGCGAGGAAAUCGAACCUCCUCUGCACACCUUAUGAGCAGCGAGUAUGUGUAACUUACGCAAAGAACAAAGAUUCUCUACUUGCGAACAACUGGCUGUCCGCUUCUUCCAUUCAAGAAACCGAGGCAGACUGUCUCGAUUUGCCCUUACCAAAGCGAUCGCACAGGUCUCACCCCAACAGCGUUGUUUAUACGUAUUAUUCGUUCCUGACACUAGACAACCUACCCAACUGCUUGUCGCGAGACGUCGACUUCUUGGAAGCCGAAGGCUGUUUUCAUCUGCCUACCCGGGCUAUCAUGGACCAGAUCCUGCAGCAGUAUUUCCUCCACAUCCACCCAUUCCUACCAUUGUUCAACGAGGGCGACUUUUGGGAAAUGUACUACGACACUCCAUGUGGUCGCCAGGACGCAAAGAUGUCCCUGCUCGUUCUGCAGGCUAUCAUCUUCGUAUCGUGCAACUUCGUGAACUGGUCAAUGGAAAGUGUAAGCGCUUUCGGCUACAAGAGCAUUCGGGGCCUCAGAGCUGCGUUCUACCGAAGAGCCAAGUUGCUCUACGACUUCGGAGCCGAGUCUGCAGCGGUACCCGUCUCCCAGACUGCGCUUCUUCUGUCCUACUGGACACCACCUGUGCGAACCGAGACGAAGCCCAAUAGUGUCUGGCUCAGUAUCGCCAUCCAAAAUGCAAAGAAUGCCAGUGCGCCCUACUAUGCGACAUUGUCUCCGAGUCAGGCUGGAUCGUCCGCAAACAAUAUUGCUGAAGCGAAGCGGAUCAAUAUUCUCAAACGCCUGUGGUGGUGCUGUAUCAUACGAGAUCGGAUACUGCCAUUGGGAUUGCGAAGAGGUAUCCAGAUCACCAGGGCCCACUUCGACUUCGAGAAGCAUCCGCCGCUAGGGCUGAUGGACCUGGACGACGAAAUCCACAGGUCCGCAGUCUACACCCCUGACGCGAAGCGAGAGCUGAUUCGCAUCUUCUCACGCGUCCUGGACUUGUGCGUCAUCCUCACAGACGUUCUUGUUCUGGUUUUUCCACUCGACGGAGCCCUGGACCAAUUCCAGAGACGACCAAGUCUUCUUCCGUCCGAAGAGGGAGAGAUUCGUAAAAGCAAAAAUGCUCUGGUGCAUUGGUAUACAGCCGCAGUGACAGCAUCGACUGGUGCCGAGGAGUGUGGAGGCCAGAUCAGCUCGACCAAGCACGAAUCUGUUGCUCUACACACACACCUGAUGUAUACGUACUAUCACUCCGCGAGAAUGGCUCUGUACAACCAUGAACUCCAACACUACCUGGCGUUGACGGCGGCCAAUCCCUCGGAGGACACUGGACGGCUCCUCGACACCAGAGAUGCCAUCCAGAACGCCUUCUCCAACAUAACAGAGAUCCUCAGGGGGUUGAAUCAGCGGCACUUGAUCCGGUGGCUCCCCAUUAGCGCCGCCGCCUACAUUGCGUUCCCGCUCGCGCUUCAAGUCCUCAACACCCACCUCUCUGCAGCGCGACAGGCCCCCAACCACGCAACACUGAUCGAGGUGAUCAAAGUGUUGCACAUACAAUACGAUGGGGUUGACUGGAUUGCUAGACUAGUACGGUAUUUGGUGGACCUUGUGCAAGCCGACCCAGCUUUUGCCAACGGUGAAAACGUCACGGACUGGGCGGAACUUCUAGCUGUGAAGCCCGAGUCGUAUCUCCGUUUUUCUCUUGCACUGGACCUCAGCAUGAACAGCGGCAGGUUCCCAGACAAGAACGAGUUCCUCACAAGCGUAGACGAAACCAAAACGAGCCGCUCAGGGCGAUUGGAGGGGUCCAUCCCCGAGCCUGGGCAGUCCUUGAAGAUUCAGGAAGAGAACCCUACACUCCUCGCUGAGACAGCAACGAUGGUCGAUACGUCUCGAGCCGUUGACAUGUCUUCUCCAAACAACCAGAGGACAGCUUCCGUCACGGCUACGAGGUCGGAGGCCGUGGAGAAUUCAGAUAUGCUGGACGAGAGAGUGGAGGAGCAGGUCUCAGAGAUCCUGGCUCGUGUGGAGUCACCUUGUCCUCCGUCAGAGCCGAAUGCGAAGACGGACGGGAAUCUAUUAUCCCCGCUGCCAGAUGAUUUGGACGAGUUUUUGGAUCACACAAUGGGCGAAGCCACGGCGUCCGAGGACUCAUUCGGCGGCAUCGAGUUUGCGGGCCGCGGGGAAUGA